AUGGGUAGGCAACUCAAUUACCCACCGCAGUUGGACAGCCCAUCAAAACAGCUUAUGCUGGACCUUGUCAAAGAUCUGGAAGAACUUCGACUGCAUAACUCCGAGUUGAAAAAGGUCAAGGCGUACGAGCGCAGAUCCUUCUAUGAGACUCUCGACCGCAUCGACCACGAACGCGAAGUACAACACAAUGCCGCUCUCGAUCAUGUCGCUGAGCUCCAAGGCCAGAGACGGGAGGAGGCUGAGGAGACGCUAAGGGAUCACUUAAGGGCCGAAGAAGAAGCACGUCGUCGGAAAGAAGAGGAGGCGCGUCAGGAGAAAGAACGGGUAGAAAGGGAAAAGGCAGAAAUAUUACGGCGCGAGCAAGAUGAGGCUGCGCGAAAGGAGGCGGAGCGAAAAGCACAAGAGGAGGCGAAGAAGAAGGCUGCAGAAGAGGCAGAGAAGGCACGCAAGACCGCGCAGGAGGAACAGGAACGAAAACAACGGGAACGACAGGAGGAAGAAAAGCGCAAGCACGAGGCUGAAGCCAAGAAGGCAGAGCAGGAUGCUGCACAACGCCAGGAGAAUGCUCAACGACAAGAACAAGCAGAGAAACAAAAACAGAUGGGCGGUGGUCGUCAAACUUCGGAGGAAAAUAAAGCACAGCUUCGCUAUGUGGAGUUACACCGGCAUCUAAAGUCGUUCCGUCAAUACCUGAAGGAGCAGGCAAAGGCCAGCCCGGCCGUGAAACAGUGCAUGGGAGAUAUGCGUCGGUCUAUCAAGAAGUCGGUCGGUCAACUACGUGAGGGUAAGGGGGCCAACAAGACUCAACUCCAAGAAAUCAAGGCCACUCUGGAAAAAGCCGCUGCUAUACCAGGACCGUCUGUGGACAUUCGCCAAUUCGUUGCGUUUCCGCCAGAAAACAUUGCCAAUUCCGAUGGUAAUACCGUGCCAGCCCUUUUGAUCUACGGCCUGAACAUUUUUUCCAAAGCUUUAAUCUCGUCCCUCAUUACCGAAGCAUCCAUCAACCAGGGCCAUGCUGAACCGAUCGGCAUCGUAGCGGCCCAGAUUUUCUCCCAGGAUGCGUUCAUCUACAACGGAUGUCAUUUAGUUGACAUCUUAUGGGCGAAAUACCGUGUGAUAUGUCCAGCCUUGUGGGGGUUCUACGGAGACGAGAGGACGGAAUCCGGACGACGAGCAGUAGGGUGGAAGAAGGAGGGAGAUGGGACCUUUAUUUCAGAACAAGGCCACAUCGAUCGAAUGACGGCUUUGGGGGCCGGUUAUGCCGCCCUUACUCUGCGUAAUUUCGGCAAAACGCCUCGCAAGAACCCAUUUCCUAAUCAAAUGUUUUGGUACUCUAUGUACAAGAUUCUGUCGAUUCCUCCGGAUCAGUUGCAGGAAACGCAUAUUUCUCUCCUGGCAUCUAUGCUGCGCUCCUCUGCGGAGAGGAUCGUGGGUUUCUUUGGGCAUGUGGGUCUUGCGCUGAUGAGGAAGGCGAUUGUCGAUAUACCCAACACCGUUCCUCGCCAGACCAUGAGUGUCAACCAGUUGAGACUCCUAAAAGAUUUGUACAUCCGGGAAAAGAGUAUCCUUAUAUGA